CAAGAGAUUGUAUGGGAUUUGUACACAAAUAUCGUGAAAGCGGCGGACGUGUUGGGAGUGGACAAGGAGUUCAGGGAUCGCGUGGCGGGUGAGAGGGAUAAGCUAUUAUGGCCAGGGAUUGGAUCGUUCGGACAAUUGAUGGAAUGGAUGGAAGAAAAAAGCGGUGAGAAGACUGACCAUCACAGACAUACUUCUCAUUUGUUUGGCGUAUACCCGGGACACCAAUUCAAUUGGGAGACAACGGCCAAUUUAACAAAAGCGUCCCUGGUGUCGCUUAAUGCCAGGGGUAUAGAUCCUAAGAGCGACGUGAGGGAGUGGUCGUUUGCCUGGCGCUCAGCCCUAUACGCCCGGCUCAGAGAUGCCGAGAACGCUCACAAUUUAUUCCGCAUGUUGAUGGCCGAUCGUAAUACCUGUGCCAAUAUGUUUGGAUUACACCCUCCGAUGCAAAUCGACGGCAACUUCGGUAUAACCGCAGCCGUCGCCGAAUUCGUGGUC